AAACCAUGUGUCAUUAGGUCCAGGAGAUUUAGUCCUGAUACUGCUAGAAGUGAUUACUUCAGGGAAAUAGUCAUGCACAUAUGCUACACAAAAUCAAAACAAAUCAGCCAUUUUAUGAGUUUGUGGGAGGUGGAGCAGGAGUUGGUAAGAGUCGUUUGAUAUCAGCUAUGUAUCAGACUCUUAACCAUCGUUUGAACUCCGUGCCUGGAUCCAACCCGAGUUCCUUGAAAGUUUUGCUUAGUGCCCCUACAGGAAAAGCAGCGUUUGGAAUUGGUGGAUUAACACUACAUUCUAUAUUCUCACUACCUGUGAAUCAGUCAAAUCGAGACUUGCGACCACUCAGUAACGAUUUAGUUAACUCAAUUUACUCCAAGCUGAUUGAUUUGAAGUUAAUAAUCAUUGAUGAAAUAUCAAUGGUAGGAGCUAGAAUGUUUAGUUCAAUUGACGCUAGACUUAAGCAAAUUUUCAAAACCAACAGUCCUUUUGGAGGUAUUUCAGUCAUUCUUUUCGGGGAUUUGAGGCAACUUUCUCCUGUCGGAGACAGAUGGAUUUUCUCUCCCAACCCAAGCGACAAUUAUAGCGUUUUAGUUGGUUCCCUUCUAUGGGAGUUGUUUAAAUAUUUUGAGUUAACUGAGGUGAUGAGGCAACGUGGGGAUCAACCUUUUGCUAUCGCAUUAAAUAAUAUGGCUUCCGGCAUUAUGACAAGUGCGGACAUAUCUUUAAUCAAUAGCCGAAUAGUUAGCUUAAACCAAGUUCCCAAUGAAGCCAUUCAUUUAUUUUGGUCUAAUGAAGAAUCCAAUAAUUUUAAUGCCCUUAAACUUAGUCAGAUCUCAACUUCAGCCAUUUUAUCUACUGCCAAAGAUGUUGUUAAAGGUAUUGCUAUCGGAGGACAAACUUCCAAUAUUUUAGAUAGGGUCAAGCUUUUUAAAAAUUCUGAAACUCAGGGCCUGUCGUAUAACUUGACAUUGAAGACUACUGCCAAAUAUAUGAUAACUGUUAAUAUCAAUACAGGUGAUGGGUUAGUAAAUGGUGCAACUGGCCAACUGAUGCAUAUUGAUUUCGAAUCAUCGAUGCCAUCAACUCUUUGGCUAAAGUUUUUGGAACCAUCAGUGGGUUUGUUGGCUAGAUCAAGAAAGUCUCAUCCUAGUGAUGCUUCUUGGACGCCAAUUGAAAAAACAGUGAGGACUUUUCAAUAUAAAAGGAAUGAGCAAAUAACUGUUGAAAGAAACCAAUUUCCUGUUGUUCCAGCGGAGGGAAUAACGAUUCAUAAAAGCCAGGGUGCGACGUAUAGCAAAGUGGUUGUACAUACCCGAGCUAGAAUGCCCAGAGCAGCAUUGUAUGUAGCUUGCAGUAGAGCCACUAGUGCUGAUGGUCUAUUUAUAUUAGGAAAUUUUGUGCCCCCAUGUCCAUUUACAGAAUCAGAUCCUGUAUUCAAGGAACUGGUUGACUUGAAAACGUCAAAAUCCUUAACAUCCACUUUUAGUUUCAUGCUCUCUCGAACAUCAAAACUUCAAAUAAUUUAUCAUAAUGCCCAGAGCCUUCAUGCUCAUAUUGAUGAUGUUAGAAGCGAUUAUUUGAUGAUGACUUCGGAUAUAUUAUGUUUCGUCGAGACAUGGAGCUAUCCCUCCGAAAAUUUUGAAAUUCCCGGCCUUUGUCAAUUAAAUGAUCUAAGGAUAGAUAGCACUACAACGCGGAAUAGAAACAAACGGGGCAUUUUAGUGUAUGCAAAGACUGAAAUGGCUUCAUCCAUUCAACUUUGUAGAACCAUUCAAAAGUAUUCUCUUCGCAAGACUUAAGAAGCGAUAUUGUUU